GAAAAGGCGACUACUUGUUUUUAUGCCCAACGUUGCACAAGAGUUCACACUUCAGUUCACUUUCUUCAAAAUACAGUAGUGUUGCCCACACGUGCCCGUCUCACCCGGUCAGCACAUACCGCGUGGGAAUGCUGUGGAAAGGGAGCACCGGAUGGAGCCUGACGUGGGGAUGGCUGCUUCUGGUCACCUGUCUGCUGUCCGCUCGCGUACUGCAGGCCCACGGCCAUCCAGAGGUGGCAGAGGGUCACCGGCCUAACGUACGCCUGGACAAGAACAUGGUCCAGGAUAAGGACCACAUCAUGGAGCAUCUGGAGGGAGUAAUCGACAAGCCAGAGGCAGACAUGUCUCCCCACGAGCUGCAGCUGCACUAUUUCAAAAUGCAUGACUAUGACGGCAACAACCUGCUGGACGGGCUGGAGCUGGCCACUGCCAUAACACAUGUCCACAAAGAGGAGCGAGGAGAGGACAGCCAGCCCAUGAAAGAGGAAGACCUCAUCAGCUUGAUAGACGAUGUCCUGAGAGACGACGACAAAAACAACGAUGGCUACAUCGAUUACGCAGAGUUCGCAAAGUCGCUCGAGUAAAGGAAUGGGACUGAGCAACUGUGAAUGGACAUUCAGAGGUGAAGCAUUUCACUGCACAUAACCAUCCACCCUCUUCUUUAAACAACAGCAAGAAGCAAGCAGCAUUAAUUAACUGGAGCUAGCGUUAAGUCAUUUUGACUAUCUCAGUGGAGCUACACUAGCUCUACUACCAGCAUCAACAUGUAAUUGAAAUACACACGUAGAAACUGCCGAACAUGUCUACUGUACGCAAUAAAACACUGUAGAAAUGUACUGUAAAUCAAUACUGGUGGUAGUAAUUAGUCAAUAAUUGCUUUGCAAUAACUAAUCUGGAAAUCGUGGUUACUCUACAUCAGUUUUCCAUCAUCAGUAUUUCUCAAUCUUUUCAAUCAUUGGAGUUAAUGAUAUAGAUAUAUAGAUAAUGUUUCUGAGCCUGUCCAUGAACAGGAUGAAGUAAGGUCAGCUCAUAGUUCUGCUCUUGUCAGCGUGUAAAUGAAGCUGAUAACAAACUAUUCAUGCACAAAGAAAACAUAUUAGAAACAAUCUAGGAAAAAAUGGCCAACUCCACUCCCUGUUAACUCGGGUGAGGAGUGAAACUGCCGUACAAAGAGGUGUUGCAGUGUCAGACAGAGGGCAGACAGGUGCACGAGACUCACCCGGUCAUGCAGUCUCACCUCAUACACCUGUACUGCAGGUGAGUUUUUUCAUAGGAUGCCGAGGGACGAAUCACGACUUGCAAAGCAGCUAAGGUGUGUGAAUGAUGCAAACUCUAAACUCAGUAGUCUACCCACAUUCACUGUUAUUGUCAUUAUUGUGCGCAAAGGACUUGUGGGUCUGUAUUGUAGUGACAGAUGUGAGAUUAGACUACAGUACUAACCAUGAAUUAUACACAAACCUUCUGUAGACAUCCCUACAAAAAGAAUAACAAGAGCAUGGGGCAGAUACUUGCUGCCUCCACACUGACCCCUGCUGGGGAAUCCAGGGAGAGAAAAACAAGCCAGGCAGGCAAGCGAUCGCACAGGUGGUUGCUGGCACCUGUGGUCAUAGGAACGACUUUGAGAGAUACUGAUCCGGGGCUUUCCUACUUCAGCAGUGACUGAAUGUGAAUCAUGAAUGUCCACUUUGUGCAUUAUGGUUUUUGACUGGGUUAACUUGAGCAACAUUAAUAGCAAGACCACUGUUAAAGAAUUCCCCCUUUCUUCAGCAGACCUAUCCAGAUUCCUAUACUGCUUCAAUUUCAGUAAUAAUGUUUAAUGUAUAUUUUAGUACCAAAUAUAAAUUCAUAGCUGUAAAAUGGCUACAUAUCACUAUAUAAGAGUUCAGGGUCUGUGCAAUAAGGCCGCUUGAGAAUAUUCAAUCCAUUUGUAAAAUGAAUUGUUUUCUAAAGGUUAACCAAAACACUUUUUGUUACGACAAAUUAUAUUUUGAAAUAGUUUCAUUUUAAUUGUUUUGUGAAACCUGGGAUGUUGAAAACAGAUGUCUCGUUCUCAGACUGCAUCAGACGGUGAUAUUGGUAAAGUGAAGCGACAGUGUUUUGCGUCUAAUUUACAACUGAAAUAAAAGAAAUAAAUAAUGCAAUCCCC